AUGUUCCACCAACAACCGCCUUCGACGGCUCGCACAACCAACCGAAAGAAAAGUCACCAACAUCACGAAUCCAAGAUAUGGGUACGCAUUCCAGCCAACGAGCAAUGCCUCAAGUGCUAUCCAGUCCGAAGGCCGUUCCUUGAGACGGCUUUCGGCAAAUUACCGCCAGAAAUUCGUGCGAACAUCUUCAAAGACGUGCUUACAGUCGGGUCUCUAUCACCGCUGAAGGACGGCAUAUCGGUUCCAAUGAUCAAGCCCCAACACAGCCCACAACCCCAGCUCCCAGGAUGCCCAGCGGGGCCAGCAUCAUGUCUUGCCCUUCUACAGACAUGCAGGCAAAUAUACCACGAAACUUCGCUCCUAUUCUACACUCUCAACAAGAUCCAUCUCUCCAAACCUCAAGACAUGCUCUCAUUCCUGUGCCAUCUCAGAACAGAGCGUUGCGGAAAACUUAGAUGUUUGCACCUCGAAGACAUGCUUGUGCCGGUGCUACGAUGGUCUCAAAAUUACCUGGAUUAUCUUCGAUCUCAGCACGAUUUGCCCGAACACACUCUCGUCCAGCGCGCCUCCUUGCGCAGCGAUCAGAUGCACCCGGACGCCGAGAAAGCAGUGCAGCUGCUCAACAAGCACGGCAACCUCCGGAAGCUGUAUCUAGAUAUGAGACCUUCUCAAGCUCUGGAAUACAUCAAGCUGUGUACACAGGUACCCGGUUUCAAGAACAGAGAAAUUGUAUUUGCGUCUCCAACCCGUUGGUCCGUGAUGGUUCCGUCUACUUGGGAGGUAUCCUGGUUUGAUACGUUUCUUGAAAAUAGUGUGAAAGAUCCACUCCGGAACAAGACUUACUAUGCGUACUGGGGAGGGAAUGAGAAGUACCGUGUCGAGGUGGACAUACUUCCGGAGUUGCCAGAAAGGAGAACCAACGAUGAUGCUAGCUUGGAUUAUGAUCGCUCUAUGGAUGGUGAGGUUGGAGACGGCAGCGGUCAACCCCUACAACGUCACGCUGGCCUGAAGACACCAAUGCCUUCACGCGUUGUUCAGCACCACAUGCGUGAAGUAUCUCCGCCAUCGGAUAGUGAGAGGUCGUUCGUAUCAGCAGCAUCAGAAAACACGUCGAGUUGCUCUAACAAAGACUCUCCUAUUGGCCAAUCGGCCGCAGUAGCGCUACCUUCACCACCACGUCACUCAGCAAUCGCGCCCGCCAACUUCACAUCACUUACUUCGCCUGAGGCUACAACCAACAUCUCCGACUCUUUAGCUGGGUUACAAGCACAUUCGCCAUCCUCCUCGACAGCGCCUCCCCCAUUUGCCCCACCGCUUGGAUCUUACUUCGCCCAGCAGCCUGGUGCUUCGGGCACCGAAGCUCGAUCCCCACAGAAUAGAAGGCCACCUGCUUCACGAUCUAGCCAUGGCAUAGAGACGUCCUCAGGUCCUCCGCCAGCUUUGAUCACUCGGCGAUCCUACAACGCCGAAUUUCCGUGGCGGAGUCCUCCAAGCGACUCACGAGCCAUACACCCACCUAUGGUACACAGCGCGAGCAUUGAUUCGAUUGUCAGACAAACACACCAUACUGCAAAUGAACGUAUCGAACCUAAUACCUUGGAGAAUGCGCACUCAGCACGACCAGGGAAGUCCUCGAUAGUGGAGGGUGGAACAAUAGCAAUGGACGGACGCUAUGAAGUCCAGUCCGGAAGUGAAGAAGAUCGAGAUUCAACGCUGCGUAUCAAUGGUAAUGAGGCAAAAAGCGGAAGGCAUACUAGGAAGGAAAGCGGUCAACAGCAAUAUCAAUCUUCACAAGAAGACCUCUUUUUGAACCUGGCACGGGCAGACUCGGUAGUUGACGAUGGGCCAGAGCCGUCCAACAGGAGCGAAAGAAGACGUUCUCGAAUUCGAGUUUCAAGUUUGCAACAGCCGCGCGAAUCUCGACCAUCAUCUUCACACAGGCCGAGUACCAGCGUUGGGGGCCUUGGCCAACAGGUCUCACGGAUGCAACAUGACCACUACGAGUCCUCCUUCAACUCCUCAUUCCACCGUUCACCCGAGAAGGACUCGCCCUCCUCUUUCAGAGAUUCCUCAGCCAAAAGCCGAUCUUAUGCGGUAUCUGCACAUCCCCUCGACCAACCGCACCGCACCAGUAAUACCAGAACAUCAUUCGGAGGUUUAACACGAGACGGCCUGGCGCAAGACCGAUCGCCGGAGCUGCCACUGGGAUAUGGAAGACGACAAUCUAUACGUGAGCCAUCCUCUGGACUGGUGGGCCAGGGCUACAAAAAAUCUAAUUUGUCCUAUCUACCCAAUGGCGAUGGCGAUUACGAGUCUUCAUAUUUUUCAGGGCUUCAAGACCUGAGCGGAGAAGCAGAUGAAGACCCUCAAACGCCCCAUGCAGAAGGCACCGAGUCUACAGUGUCCACAACAGCACCCUCAACUGUCUGGGAUGAGCUGGAAGACAUGAAGUCCAGAAUACGCAAGCUUGAGAUCACUGGGAAAUUACCUGCCUCAUCAAAUGCAGCGAUAUCCAACACUUUUCGCGAACGUCCGCCGACUGCAACAACAACCAUGACUACCAAUUCCUUGUCACCAAAACGUCGCCACGGGAAAAAUGUCUCCCCAGAAGCCUCUACGGUCAAAGUACCCGAAGUUGCGAACGUACAUCCACUCCUGCAUGCCGCUUUGGCAAAGACUGAACACGCAAUCAAUGCGAACCUCUACCAAGCUCUGGAGGCUACAGCAUCAGACGCGCUAGCAUUGGCGGCCAUGGCAGGAAGUGCAAGCACACAAGGUGUCUCUCCUAGCGGAGCAUCGAUGGCUGGCAUCUCCGGUGGAAUCGACCGGCAAUUGCGCAGAAAGGCAGACAACAUGUGUCGAAGUCUUACCGAACUAUGCAUUGCGUUGGCAGAAGAGACCCCAGAGACUGAAAUUGCCGUCAGCAAAAUUCGAUCGGGAAGUAAGGACGCCAACACGGCAGCACAACGUAAUGAACCCGCUGUGCAGGACCUGAGGUCUUUUCGUGCCACCAGCGAUGAACCAGAAUUCAGAUCAAGCUCCAGGGUCAUGAGCCGACUGGAAGCUCGACGUACGAGCCUUGCGCUUGGCUCCAGUCCCCUUGGUCGCAUGGAGUCUCCACAGGAAGCUCCUACGCCCACUCAAGCAGUGCCGCCUGCAUCAACCAGAUUGGAUAGGAUGUCUUCGGUGAUCCACAGCGGUCUCGCUACUGAUGAUCAAGGGGAUACUACAAGCAGCAGGAGGCCGCUGUCUCGAGCCACGACGGAAAUCAGGCAGAUAAGACAUUCGCCGCAGACAAGAACACCUCGGGAAUACACAUCCCAGCAUCCAAUGCCCAACCACGCGCAACGAUCUCCAUCCGUCCAAUCAUCUCUACCUACACGGAAAAGCUACUUUCCUCCGAGCUCACAGUCUCCACUCACGCCUCACGUGCAGCCGGGAAACAGAACAUACCUUGAUCGUUCAACACCGCCGUCCUCGGCAGAUAGCAGCCGUUUGGCAGAAGCGAGGCAACGGAGGAUCGCCUCGCUUGGCCAGCAUACGUCUGCAAGUCAAUCGAGGAUAGGCAUUGCCUCCGGAAGGUUGCGGCAGCCUAAGGUAGAGCAGUAA